AUGGGUUUGGUUUGGGGUUUGAUCUCUCUCCGUAUAGCUUACUGGUUCUGUUUCUCUAGACAAUCCUAGCUAAGACAGGCACCAAAAGAAGUUAAUAAACUUGACGCGAGUGACUCACUCAGUAACUCCAUGACAGCUAAGAACCUGGACGAUGUGUUUCCCUCCUGGUUAUCACUCUGCAGAUUCAAAAUGAACCACCACUCUCUUGUAAGAACUUGUUUUCUUUACACUGUAGUUACACAGGAAGUACCAACCAAUGAACAGAAGAGAUCCCAGAAGAGCAAUUCCCUCAAUAAAUUGUUCAGGCAGAGGCUGCCCAACCAGAAAACACGGGCUACUUCCCCUCAGCCUGGCCAGCUGACUGGAAAGGGGCUGGGCCUCAGCAGGCAGAGCCUGGAGCCAGAGGCCUCCCCUGCUAUUUGCAGGAGAGACAAGCAUCGGGAAUGUCUCUCAGUGCCUGGGUUCCUGGACUCUCUGACACUAGCCCGGCAGCGUGGAGCCAUCCGACCACGUCUCUGCCUCACCCCUGCAGGAAGCCAGAUGCACGCCAAGUACAGCAGCACCAGGGACAUGCUAGGUGAUGAUGGGGACGCCGCCCUGAGCCUGCAUUCUCUAGCCUCUACUACGACCCGGAGACCAGGGUCCGAGCACACAGAGCACCAGGCUCCUUCUUCAGCUUGGAGACCAGCGGCCCUGACCUUGGUGACUUUGUGCUUGGUGCUAUUGACCGGCCUGGCAGCCCUGGGGCUUCUGUUUUUUCAGCUCUACCGGCUCUCCAUUACUCAGCAAGACAGCAUCUCUCAAAAGGAAGAAAGAUUGGGGAAUCUCUCCCAACAGUUGCAAUCUCUUCAAGCCCAGAACAGGAAGCUUGCAGAAACUCUGCAGCUCAUGGCUGAAAAACUCUGUCGUGAGCUCUAUAACAAAACUGGAGGUAAGUGGGCCCGGAUCACCAAGUGUCCCCUUUGCCUUGCGAUAUCUGUCCAUGUAAGGCUGAAAAUCCCAUCAGUGUAUCUGGAAACCAUGUAUUAUUUACCUAACUGCCUGAUGAAUUCCAUAAAGUGUUUGGUUAUCAAGAUCAUCACCAGAUGUUGGAAUCCUAUGGGUGGGAUACGUCUGAGUUGCAGGGGCUGCCCAUGUGGUAUCAUAUACUUGAUUGAACUAAAGUACAUUCCUCCCAGGUUUGACAUUGUAGUAGAUUUCACCUGCCUCAGGAGCAAGGACUGUGUGACCAUCCUCAAUGGGAAGGCUUUCUCAAAGGACUGCAAUGAGUUGCGACGGUGUGCUUGUGAGAGGACGGCAACAGUAGUGAGGACCGACUGGCUCUAUUACCAUCCCUGAACCCUUAGAUGGAGCUGAUAGACUCUCCAGCUGCAACUACCAACAAAGACAAAUGAGACCAAUGCGAAGGAUUCUUGUGACACUGGGGAAUGGAAAAUAAACACCAAAGGCAGUCUCUCUGACCGGUACAAGGAGGGUCAGCUGUCAUGUUUCCUGGUCAGGAUGACCAGUCUCUCUGAGCUUGGGUUCACGCACUUAUUUAACAGUGAUUAAAAAAACCGUAUUCCUCCAACCAGCCCCAGAAAACCAUAAACUUGUAAUCUUUCUUUUUUUCCUCUUCUCAGCAUCUAAUAUCAUCUCCCUGUUUAUAUGUCCUGUUUAAUAUUUGGAAAAAUGAGAAGCUUCCUGAAGUGGAAGAAAAAAAUACGAAAUAAUAUCCUUUGUCCAACAGUCAAGUAGCACAUGAAAAAUUAGCAGUGAUUUCUCAUUGUGUGCUACCAAAUGCAUAACUAAUUCGUUGUGUUUGUUUCAGUUCAGAUAUUUCCCCUUCUCAUUUCUUCAGUAAAGCCCCCUUUUGCUAUAUCUAUGACUGCUUCCCAACCUGGCUAACUCUCUUUAUGAGAAUCUUAAUGUCUUAUUAACAUAACCUCCCCAUGUUCAUUUAUAACUCCACUCAUUUUUUCCUUUCCCUAGGAAGUUCUUCCAGGAAAGACAUCAUCUCAAUUUAGUUCCAUAUCAGAAUUAUUGUCUUCUACUAAAAACUGUAUGAUCCUUGAUUCUACUCUGACACACAUGGGGCCACCAUGAGUUGGAAUAAACUCAAUGGCAACAUUUUUUUUUUAAUGCACCUUUCAAAGAGAUCAAACCAGAAAAAAAGACAAUCUUUUUAUGUGCACCAAUAACAGUCUGAUUUCACUUCUUCGUUUCUUCCAUUUGAUCCACUUUUAUACAUUGCAGGUACUGAAGAGCUAAUAAUAAUAAAUAUGUGUAAUGUGAAAUGUGUAUGACUUUAACAUAGAUUUGUGAUUCUGGGGAGAAUUCAGGGUGGGAAUGCUGAACAUGAUAGCAUUCAGCAGCGUUUUGGCUCUUUGGCCUUACAGAGAGUUUGUGGGAACACUACAAGUUGUUGUUGUUGUUAGGUGCGGUCAAGUCAGUUCCCACUCAUAGCGACCCUGUGUACAACAGAAUGAAACACUACCUGGUCCUGAGCCAU